AUGGCGCACACCGCUCCAGCGUCUGCUGCUCAGCUCAGGGCUCGACUAUCGACUCAGCUGGAGCUCCAUCCACUGGACACUGGCACUGGCACACAGUCACAGUGGCACGGCACGUCGCAGUUGAGUUUUUACAGGAUGUCGCAAGGCCCGGAUUCCGCGGCUCAAGCUAGUGGAAUGGAAGUGGUUGUGGGGGAUGUAGAUCCUGAUUUUAUCACCUUUUUGUUUGAUCCUGCAGAGGAUUACAACUGCUACUUCGUAGUGGGAAACCCUGAAGUUGGAGACACGGAGAGGAUUGGUGUAGUGAAAAAGAUGCUUCUAGCCCACUCUGUGGUUUUCAGGGCAGAACUACAGAAUUCAAAGAUUGCUGAAAAAAAUGAUGUUAAACUACUUGAUGUCUUCCCCCAAACUUUUAAGAACUUACUAAGAUUUGUCUACGGCUACGAUAACACUCAAAAUUUGAGCUUUGAUGAAGCAGACAACUUGUUGUACGUUGCAGACAAAUAUUUGAUGCACAAGUUAAAAAAUAGGCUUGCAAUCCGCCUGAUGUCUUUGUUGAAUCUCACCAACAUCUGCAGCCUUAUGAAUAAUCCCGCUUGUUACACCGUUCUCGAGCUAAACUCUAGGAUUAAUAAGAUACUCCAGACGGAAACAGACAAGGUUUUGGCUAGUCCUCUCUUUCCUGACCUGUCUCCCCUUGGCUUUCUAACAAUCCUGCAACAGGAGGUGUGCAACGUACCUGAAAUUGACCUUUGGACCUCUGCCAUUGAAUGGGCUAGGCAUAGAGUUUCAGGAGAGUUGAAAAGUGGAGAAGUCUUGAGGGAAGAGUUAAAUGACCAUCUUAAACACAUUCGAAUCUGUACAUUGUCUGCCCAAGAUUUGAUGACUCAAGUGGUACCUUUAGAAGUGCUUACGUAUGGUGAACUCAAGCUGAUAGGUCAAACUCAGAGAACUGGGAAAGUACAGCCUGGCUUGACAACAAUCUGCAACAAGAUUGAUAAGAGGCAUGAACCAUUGUCAAAAUUGAUGGUACAAAGAUUGAACCUACCUUAUUUCCGUGGUACGUGUAGUCAAUCAACAAUAACUAUCAAUACUAAAGCAGUCGCAAUAGUGUUGUGCUCAGUAAAGCUUUACAGCUAUGGUCUAAAUCAACACCAAUGCAACUGCACUAUAAUAAUACGAAAGGGGACAGAACCACCUACUGUAGUGACAUUUCGAGAACUAAUUGAUGGAGAUUCAAACAGGAGGGUCAUUCCAAUUAUUCCUGAUGACAUGAGAAAUGUGCGUUUGUCUCCAAAUUCAACGUAUUCAGUCAAAUUUGUAUUUUCUUGUGGAAAGACUCAUUACGAUUACUAUGGGUUGUCAUCAGGAGUAAAUGGUAAACACUUUGACAUUACAUACCAGCCUACUAAUAAUGGAUACACAGGUUUUCCUAUAUACACAAUAUGCUACAAAACAGUAAGGACAGGACAAUGAUGAACAAUGGUGAUCUCUGAGCGGGAUACAACUUGACAAUGUUGAAGAAAUGUUUUCAGGUGUGAUUAAUAUUAGUGGACAGAAUAGUCAGAAACAUAAACACCAAAUAAAAAGUGAUGUGUUCCUAUACUUUAUUUGAAAAUAUCUUUUGUGAUAGGAUAAAAAAUCACUGUGGAAAUAAAUUGGAUGUAAGAAAAAAUAAAUGUUUAAAGAACUAUUUGAGUUCCUUGUGAGCCUCUUACUUUUUGUAAAGUGACAUUUUAAUUUAGUUUUUCAUCAAUGUGACAAAACUUUACUUCUUUCAACAGAAUGUAAUUUUUGUUUAUUUGUCGUUAAGAGUGCACCUUUGUUAAUACUAGCCUGUUAAAUAUUAUAUAUUGUGGUUUUGUUGUCAAUAAUAAGACAUGAUUAAAUUUGUAAGGCUUAAUUUUGCAUUUAUUUUCACACACAAAUAUUCUAGAAAUUUGUAUGUAUGUUGCUAUUCUAUGCCAUGGUGCUAUAAAAUAUUGUUGUAGUAAACUGUACGAAUUGUACUCUAGUGUAAAAGCAAAAGAGCAACUAAAACUACUACUUCCAACUGUAACUGGUCACCAGAAGCUUCAAAAUACAUUAUUUUAAUUAACCUACUAACAA